CUCUCCUUCUCUCUCUUCUUCUUCUUCUUCUCUCUCAGCCACUACAUAAGCACACUGUGUGUCAAUGUCGGUUCCAUUACUAGGUUCCUUCAAGUACCAUCACCACUGAUUUCACACUCCCAUUUCCUCUCUCUCUCUCUCUAGCUCUCAGGCGCGUAAAUUUCUUUUUGUUUUUCCCGCUCAGGGGUUCGAUUGCGAUCGCUUAUAUCCGUUCGGUUCGUCCCUCUGUUUUAGAUCCAAUACAUCCCUCGCUCUGCUGCUUCUUCUUCUUCUUCUUUUCGCGAUCGCGAUAGUUCUAGCUUCCGGUCGGGAUCGCGAGAGUUUCUGUUGGCUGCUGCUCGACCGAGCUUGCGGGCUCUUCUUCUUACCUGGGAAGAAAGGGGACUUUGGAGAUCGGUGAAGUAGGCCAUGGAAAUGCAGGAUGGGAGUGACAAGGGAUCGGAGUCGCCGGGCGUAGCUUCGUCGGAGGAGAGCCACGUGACGGAGACCAAGAAAACGUGUGCUGAUUGCGGCACCACCAAAACCCCUCUGUGGCGUGGCGGUCCAGCUGGCCCCAAGUCUCUGUGCAACGCGUGUGGGAUCAGGAGCAGGAAGAAGAGGAGGGACAUGCUGGGGGGCAUAAGCAAGAAACCCGCGGAGGACAAGAAGCGCAAGAAGAUCAACCGCAGCCCGAGCAGCAACAACAGCAGCAGCGACGACAGUUUCAGCGAUUCGUUGAAGCAGAGGUUGCUGGCUCUGCUCGGGAGAGAAGUGAUGAUGCAGAAGAGAUCGGCCUCGUCCUCGUCAUCGGCAUCGGCAUCGAGUCUCGAGAGGAAGAGGAGGAAGCUGGGCGAGGAAGAGCAGGCGGCUGUGCUGUUGAUGGCCCUGUCUUACGGCUCUGUUUAUGCUUAAAGAGUUAGCUGGCUGAGAAAAAUAAACUUAAGAGAAAAAAAAAAAAAAGAAGGGAAAAAGAAUCUAGACUGUCGAAUUGGCAAAAAAAAAAAAGGUUUUGUGGGGGCUUCUUUAGGCGCAAGUCUAAUUAUGUUCUGGUUAGUUCUUGCAUUCUUUUGACCGAAAUCGAGAGGAGGAAGGAGAGAGAGAGAGAGAGAGAGGCCAACUAGUGUAAGAAGUGGAGGAGAUUUGAUUGUCUUCUGUUACUCUGUUCUGUGCUAACGUAAUGUAAGAGUUGUCCAUUUUGAUUAUUACCAA